CCGUAGAGGUGCCACGGUGGUUGAAAUGGUGAUUUGGAACUUGGGUCGGAACGCAGGACCGAGACCGGGAAUUAUUGGAGCGAAUAACGCACUCUGAGAGCGCGUACAAAUCAGACUGGAUGUUCGCUCUGCUUCUGCGUGCGUAUAAAUUGUGAAAAUGCAGGAAAAGCUCGCGAAUCACACAGCCGCGACCAUCACGUCUUCUCGGGCUUCCGCGUUUCUGAUCGAAAACCUCCUCAGCACCGUCCACCACGGACACGGGUCUCCAUGGAGCCAGGGCGGAACGAAGAGCGUUCUUCCGGAUCCCGGAGAUACUCGAAGGAUAAGGACAGCCCGGGCAGGCGACCCGGGGUCUGUCGUGCUCAGCGGUUCUCCAGACGUCAGGUCGCCUUUCCAGUGGGAGGACAGCGGGCCUGACUUCCACUGCAGGGCAUACGAGACACCGAGCAGUCCGAGGGACGACGCCAGCAGCCCGGGAGAGGAACGCUGCUGCUCCUCGGUGAACACCUCCGACCGAGACUCCUCCGAUUUAUCGGAUCCGACGGACGGCCACGACCAGAAGACGAGCGACGGGAACCUGACGGACGACGGAGAAGACGACGACGGAGACAGGUCGGACCACGACGCACCGCUGGACCCGGGCGCCGUGCGCAAGAAGAAAACCCGGACGGUGUUCAGCCGCAGUCAGGUCUUCCAGCUGGAGUCGACCUUUGACCUGAAGCGGUACCUCAGCAGCUCGGAGAGGGCGGGCCUGGCCGCGUCGCUGCAGCUCACCGAGACGCAGGUGAAGAUCUGGUUCCAGAACCGGAGGAACAAGUGGAAGAGACAGCUGGCGGCGGACAUAGAGGCGUCGGCGCACGUUGCUCCUUCUCACGCGUCGCAGAGGAUCGUGCGCGUCCCUAUCCUGUACCACGAGGCCCCCAGACACGCAGCGCCGCCGCCACACGGAUUCAACCUGUCACAGCUGUCCCAGUUAUCCCAGUUAUCCCAGGGCUCGCCCCCAGUCUUCUCGAACUCCCUCCACUACCCUCUGACCUCUUUCGCUCACUCCAUGAGUCUGCUGAGGUCACAGAUGACAGGCCUGGUUUAAGGACUAUACAUCUCUUUAUUAUAAUUAUUAUUAGCAUUUAUGCAUAUCUAUUUUAUAUUCUAACUGACCCGUGCAAUAAACCCCCCGAGGCCCAAAGAAGAAAUGUUGGCUGUGUUUUAAUGACAGUCCAUCAACACGAUAAAUGAUGAAUUUUCAUGUUUGCCCAUUUUGUAAAUGUUUAAAUCUAUACUCUUCUUAUCACGGUGUUAUUACGGUUUAUAAGCAUGCCGGGACUAGGGGCUUGAGGCCGACCUUGUUAUUGUAUUAUUGAUGACACAUAUUUUUGCAGACUUUUAUAUGCCUCACAUUUUUAACAUUGUCAAUU